CGGACUGUCAUCCGACACCACAAAAAGGGUUGCUGCCAACACCAACAUGCUGCGGGCAACGAGGGUGCUGCGCUCCCAAGCUUCCGUGCUUGCGGAAGACAUUGGACACAAGUUCAUCUUUGGCACCAUCCCGGCUUCCUCCGCGUUGACUGAGGUGGUCGAGGCUUGUCAAUCGCCGUCGGACCUGGACGAAGUGAAGAAGGGCCUCUUUGAGUUCAGAUAUCAUGGGAUCCACGUCAAGACUGGUGUUGCUUCUGCGCUGGUCAACAAGUGCAUCGACAUGGGCGAGACCGAGACAUUGGUCGACAUGCUGAAGAACAAGCCACAGUAUGGGCUAUUCCCUACACCAUCGGACUACAACAACCUCUGUGCACACCUCAACGACAAGAGCGAGUUUAGACAAAGCAAAUCCAUGUUUGAUCAGCUUGUGGUUGACAGGCACUUUUCGCCAAACGUCAUGAGCUACCACCACGUUUCCCGCGCAAUGCUCUGCACUGGCACCACCUCCAUGUGCACAAAGCUGCUGGCAUACGUGACCGCGGGCCAAGCCGACGGCGUGCGCAUGACUGCCAACACCAUGCAUCGCGCUGCUGCCGCCGCCGCCAUCAGGAAGCAGCAGGACGAGGCCGCCGCAUAUUGGACCACAGCCGCCACCUCCCGUGAUGUCCCCAACGACGUGGCAGUGACUGCGGCAUGCAAGGCGAUUGUGAAUGCCAUGGCGACAAACGAAGCCGGCCUCAAGAAGGCAGUCAACAAACUCAUCUCCCUCAACACGCUUCCGCCAGAGGCUGCCGUCUGGUUCCCGCACAUUCCAGAGCGCAACCCUGACAUUGCAAAGGCAAUGGAAAGUGCAAUCGCGGCGUUGGAGGCGGCGGGUCUCAAUGUGCCGGAUAUCUCCCCGCUCACGCUGCCAGACGCUGAGGAGGACGAGGAGAACAAGGAAUGACUGGCGUGUGUGUGUGUGUGUGAACUCGACUUUUCGCUUUGUGUGCUGUUGUUCUGACUCUAGUUUGUCAUGAGUGUAACAAAGAGCUCUGAAUGUGGACGGUAGUGUUGUGUUGCGUUGUGCUUUGUAUGUGGUGUGCCGGGUUGCAUGCUCAUGUGCGUGCGUGUCGUGUCAAUAAAACAUGCAGAGG